AUGAUUACUGAUUUGAGAAAUAAAGAAGUCCAAAUUUACUCAUGUCUUGACCAGUCAGACACUCACAGCACGAAAUCUAUUGCUGAUGAUGAAAAUUACGCUAUCAUGUUGAUGUCUUCUCAAGAAGAAUCCUUUGUAAAGUUGCCUAGCUUGAACAGUGCACUGAAGACAGACUAUUUGCCAAUAGAAUUUGGCCAGGAUCUCAGACCACUCCUUCCACUUCCAGAAAAAUCAAAAGGAGAAGAGCAUCUCAUGGAGGAUAGUAAUGGCAAAAUCUACUGUACAACUCUUCCUCCACUAAAAAUUCCUUGCGAAAAACAAGCAGAUAUCCUGAGUUUUGAGGAGCUGAACAUGGGUGAACUUAGCCAUCAUCUCGAGAAAGAGAAUAUCCCAGAUACUCAAGGAGAGAGAGCCCUUACCCUACAUAAAGAAAUGUUCGAGAAUAGCAUGAUGAAAUAUACUAGUAUCUCCAAAAUUAUUGCAGAGUAUGUACUUCCCAAGUGGACACAGUACUUGUUCCUCAAGAAUCAGAGGAAAGAGGCCUGAACAGCCAAGAGGAGAGCUGAUACUUACAAGAAGAAGAUCGGAAGAGACCUCAGAGAGUUCUACAGGAUCUUAUUCAGAAGAAGAUUCCACCUCUCUGAAUAUAAGACUCUCGAAGGAGUCAAAUCUUGCGUGAAAAAGGUCUUCUCAGAGCUUGGAUUCGCUAUUACAAAGGAAGAUCUUAGCGAUUACCAUUUGUUCAGGUAUCUUCAUCAAACACACAAGAGUACCUCUAAUAAAGAUCUGGAAGGGUUUAAACUAAGUCAAGACUCUCCAUUCAGAUCAGUAGAGAAGUACAAUGAUACGAGAUACAACGAUUUCUUGACCCACACUUUGGGAAGUCAGUUGUUCUACUUUGUAUUUAAAAAUUUUGAUAAGGAAUACUUCCCCAGCAUCAAGUCGGAAGUCAGGCCCACCGUUAACAAAAUGGUGACCCAAAUCCUAUCCUUUUACGAAGAAACACAGGAGAUAAGCAACCUUAAGGGUGCCAAAACCUCUUUCUAAUUUAUCUAAUAUUUUCAUCCCAAUGUAAA